AUGACGCUCGCUUCAACUCUCUUUACAGCCCUCUGGGCUGCAUCACUCGUUGUUGCUGACGAGCCCGCCUUCAUACAAAACGCCGGGUAUCAACAAUCGGCAUACGGCCAAUAUCCUGUCCAGACCUUCGUGUCAAAUCCCAAUGUCACCGCACCAAUCUUUAAUGUCAUCAGCACGCCCGGGGAAGGCGCGUCCAACGGCAGCCACCUGUUUAUCUCGCCUCGCGGCACUGCAGUGUCCAAUCCUUCUCCGAUGAUCGUGGAUGCCGGUACACUCUCCGUCGUGUGGUCCGCAGAAGAGUAUGGGACUGCCUUUGAUGUCAAGAUACAGCAGUACAAUGGCGAGGACUACCUUACGUUCUGGGCGGGGGAGACUUUCCGUCAAGGAUACGGACACGGGUACUACUACAUGCUGAACUCCUCGUACGACAUCGUCUAUAACCUCACGGCCGUCAACCUCACCGUGCCCGGCGACAUCCACGAGUUCCAGCUUACCCCCAAUGGCACGGCCCUCAUCACCAUCUACGAGCCCCGGGCGUGGGACCUGACCGCAUAUGGCGUGCAAGGCGGUUGGCUCAUGGACUCGCUCUUCCAAGAAAUCGACGUCGAGACCAACGACCUGCUCUUCGAAUGGCGGGCCUCAGACCACUACAACCUCUCCGAAGCGUACCUGUUACCCGGGACCUAUUUCUACGACGGCAAGUCCGCGCAGAGCGCCUUCGACUUCUUCCACAUCAACUCCGUCGACAAGGACUCCCUAGGCAACUACCUAAUCUCCGCACGGCACACGUACAGCAUCAGCUACAUCUCCGGCACGACCGGCGAAGUCCUCUGGCAGCUUGGGGGCAAGCGCAACAACUUCACCGACCUCUCCUCCGGCAACGCGACAAACUUCGCCUGGCAGCACGACGCGCGUUGGGCUUCGCCCUCCUCCUCGGAGCAGCCGCGCAUAAUGACGCUCUUCGACAACGGCGCGGCCGACUUCAACCAGUCCUUCCCCGAAUCCCGCGGCCUGCGUCUCGCCAUCGACACCGUCAACAUGACCGCCGCAGUCGAAGUCUCCUACAACUCCCCGCAGCGCAUCAGCUCCGAGUCGCAGGGCAACAUGCAGCCGCUGCCCAACGGCAACGUGAUGGUCGGCUGGGGCUCCGACCCGGCUUUCACCGAGUUCUCGGCCGAGGGCGAGGCGCUCUGGACCGCGCAGUUCGGCCUCAUCGACGGCAAGGCGACCUCCUCGUACCGCGUGUACAAGCAAUCCUGGACCGGAUCCCCGCGCACCAACCCCUCGAUCGCAGCCGGCAACGUGACGGCCUCGAACGGCACGACCACCAACGUCGGCGCCGGCGGGACGUCCAACACGGUCUACGUCUCCUGGAACGGCGCAAGCCGCGUCGCGAGCUGGUCGUUCCUCGCCUCGAACAGCAGCGACAACCUCACCACGCCGGACCAGACGUGGCGCAAUGUCAGCAGCAAUGGCUUCGAGACGAACGUUACUGUUGCGGGCGCGGCGCGGUAUCUGCGGGCCGUGGCACUCGACGCCGAUGACGCGUAUCUGGGCGCGACUGAUAUAUUCGAUCUGCAGGAGCGCCGCAGGAGGCCGGGCUCGCGGGUGAACUGGCAGGAGGAAGAGGAGCAGCAGCCGUCUGAGACGGCGGGGGAUGAGGCGAGCGCAACGCAGAGUGAGGCGGCGGCGACGAGUAGUACGGCCGCGGCGGUGAGCUUGGGGGCGCCGAUGGGGUUGGUUGUUGGGUUGGUCGGGGCGGUGAUGAUGUUCUAA